UAUUGAUUAAAUACCUCUUCCAAUAGCUUUUGAAGCCAUGAAUCAGAAAGCAUUCUCUUUAUUAUUCUUCAUAAUCUUUUUUGUCUUAAUUUUCUGCCUAUCCUCAACAACAUCCUCACCAAGAUUAUUAUCAGGUAAUGGUGGUGGCAAUAGUACUAAAACUGAAGUCCAUGGUCAUUCCUCUACUUCAGCUCCUUCAGCAACUGAACAAUCACCCCCUGGAAAAAUUACGCCCGUGCAACCCCAACAAUCGCCACCUGUGCAACCCCAACAAUCGCCACCUGUGCAACCCAAUCAAUCACCACCUGCAAAUGCAGCAACAUCGACAUGCAAUAUGGAGACAUUAGGCGAAUGUAUAAAUGAGAGAAUCUGUGAUGCUUAUAAGGCAAAGGGCCUACCUUGCCCCUGAACUAUGUGAAAUGACUUAAUUUUUCCCUUUCAGUAAUUCCAUUAUUUACUAGCAAAACUGGCUUUGGAACAAUUAAGUCUCUAAUUUAGAGAUUAUAGUCCGAUUAAAUGAUAACUAGCCUAGUUGUACGUACCUAGGGGCUAAGUUUUAUUAUCAUUGCUAUAUUUAUUUUCUUCUGGAAUUCCUGAAUGCUAUGAUCUGUAAUUUUCAUUUUUUUUGCAAGCAAAGAGAAGAGUUGUGACAAUUUAAAUGAAUAAUUAAGUGUUUAUA